AUGGCGUCUUCCUUUCUAGAAGACCUAUUCGAGAAAGAAGUAGAUGAGAAGGAGGUCAGUGCUAUGGUGGGAUCGCUGGAAAGCCAGCUGGCUUCGACACCGAUCCCUAGAUCUCACCACAAUGAAGUCAAACCUUCGGUUGAAGCUUCAAAGACCAGUCCUAAAAUAAGCAACAUGACUAGCAAGGCGCCAAUCCGAACGAGUCCGAUUCAAAACCAAACCGCGACUGCAGUUCGUCCGGGAAUUUCUUCAUCGCCUGUGCUAAACACAACUGGUAACACCGCGAUUACUACUGUUAUCAACAUUGCUCCACGUCCCACGGUAACCACAGCGGUUCCUUUGGCUCCACGGCCGGCCACUAUGGCUGUUUUAGCUGCUCCGAACGCAGCGUUUACCGGCGGACAUCGCUUCGUUACGACCAUGAUCAACAGCACGGACUUGAUUAACCGGAACAUUAAUAUAUUAAAUCCGCAGCAAAUCGCUCUAGCGCCACGAAUUGUAUCGGGAAAUGCAGCUGUUCCGGGAAAUCCUCAAACCAUGACAGCGCCAAGGAUCAUCCAGCAAAUUCAACCCCGCGUUGUAAAUGCUCCGCGCGUUGUAAACCCUCAGGUUGUGUUACGGCAGCCAGCGACAAGCUCGCCGAUGCAGCAGGACCAGAAGAUGAACAUUAUACAAACUCAGAUUCGCCCAGUACCGGCGAGUGUUAGCGUAACCCAGAAUGUUCCGAUUAGAACUAACCUAACUCAAAUUCGGCCCCAACAAAUUAAUGCAAUACCGAGGACAGUCACUUAUAGAAUGCCUAUAAACCAGGCCUCUGUCACAACAACAAAGACUGAAAUUGCAUCUACUGCAGGUACUAAUAGUCACAAUUCAAGCUCUUCCAAUGUAGCAAAUGUUGGUAUGCGUGUUUCUACACCAACAACUCCUCAACAGCAAGGUGUCAAGAAUAUCACCAUUGCUGGUAAUCAGACCAAACCACAGCCGUCUAGCACUCCACUAGCGACAGUCACCCAUUCGCAGCCACAGGUCAAUGCUGCUCAACUUGAACAAGUAAAGGAGCAGGCCCUUAAAUUAAAAAAUUUUUUCAACAACUUGGUGAGGUUGGCAUCAGAAAAAUCCCCUGAGGUUGGCAAGACUGUGAAAGAAUUAGUUCAAGGUGUUAUGGUGAGUUCAGUUAUCUUGAAUCGAGUCACAACACUGUGUUAUUUAGUGGGUAGGGGUGGGGGGAUCAGAGGGAUGGGGUGGAAGGGCAGUAGUAUUGAUUAAAAUUUGUGUUUGAGCUUAUUCAGCUUGCGAAAAAAGUAGCAUCCUAUAUCCUGCUCAUCAAUUUUUUUUUUCCGGCUAAUUAAAAUGACUUUAAGCAAUUAGGCUGUAGAGUGUUUUCACUCACGUGGCCAGCAUAUAUGCAAAUCUAUUGGAACAAAAGAAAGCGUUUGCAUAAGAAAAGAGUUCAACUCCCACAGGACUGGUUUGGGACACAAACAUGGCCGCCGUUUCAUUGUUUUGGGACACCAAUAUGGCCGCCGUGACGUCAUGUGAAAACAGUCUAUUACAUGCUAGUUACAACAGCCCAAAUAGCAAAGUUGCAAAACUGACUUUCUUUGUACCCUGCUUAUUGUUGUGGGUAUUCUAAAUUGCAUGGCUGACUUUAAUUUACGGCAGCCAUGUUAGUUGACAAGAACAAAAGGGUCCCUCUCCACUGGGAACUAAACAGAUUUUUUCUUGCAAAUUCUGGAAUGAAAAUAUUUACUGGUACUUGCACUGUUUUGUCAAUCAACAUGGCUGCCUUGUCAAGUUGUUGCAAACCAGUUAUAUCUUUGCAAAUUAAAUUCACCCUAUUCAUUCAUAUUAUCAGAUCUUUAAAUUGCUGAUUUUGGGACAAAUUGCUCCAGCAAGGACUAGCUGCAAUUUUUUUUGGAAAAAAACUAGUUUUAUGGUAAAAUCUAAUAAAAAGAACUCCUUGAUAAUGAACAGCCUUGCAACAAAUGGCAUCUUUCUUCCCAUUUAUACCAAAGUGUAUGUAACAGGAAUCCAAUUGAUGUGUCCAUGAAAUGUUUCUUAGUCCCUUCCUUGGUCAGUCUUAUACCGUAAAUCCUCUACUAAGUCCCCCCUCUCAAAUAGGCAUCCUUCCUCUAAUAAGCACCCCCCCCCCCUUUUCAGGGAAAGAAAGUUAAUAAGUGUCCCCCCUCUCUAUUAAGCCCCCACUCCCCUCCCCUAAUUAUUCUUCACUAAUAAAUGAGAGACUAUAUUGAUCAAUAAAAUUACGACUGUAAAACAUUGUGUGGACUGCAAGCUUGUGCUCUAAGGAAAAUUUCAGGGAGCCCUUCGGGCUCCCAAGCAUUUUAUUUAAGUCGCCCAGACCUCAAAGUUGGUCGCCCGAAUAAAAAUUUCGGGGAGCCCUUCAGGCUCCCAAGCAUUCCCGCUGCAGUGCCCAGACCUCUCAAGUUGGUCGCCCGAGUACAUCUGAUGAGGAAGUACUUUGUCCAAACUCGGUCAUUUUAGCUUUUGGGUUCGACAAAAACCCGCAUGUUGUCUCAUGAAACCCAUCAAAGUUUUCGUGCCAUUCAGAUUUAAAACCAGAAACGUGAGCAAUGCCGCCGAAUUGUUUAGGUUUCAAAGAGAGAAAAGUAAAAAAUUUCAGCAGGUUCAUUAAGGUCUUUGUGUCAAACACAGGAAAACUGUGCUUGUUACCAGUAAUACUAAACUUGAAAAUAAAUUUUCAAAAGGUGAAUCAAUGCGGCAUGAAAUAUAAUGUGACGGAGUUUUAUACGCGGUUGAUCGAACUCAAGUUCCCGUGAAAAAUUCCCUGAAACAGUGAAACCGCCACGGCCCCAAACCUAUUGUUUUAAUAAAAAAUAAGUCAUGUUUAAUUUUCUUGUCUAUAUUAUCACUGAAUCUUUUAGGACAAUUGAGCUUUUCGUGGAUACGGUCAAAGUGUAAACCUGCUCUUCUUUCCGUGUUUUUAUUUUAUUUUUUUGACCGCUAAAUUUAGCCUGCAUGCGAAUUUAGGCAACCGUUUUCGAUGCGUUAAAUGCCAAGACAACGUGGAACUGCCCUGUUUCUAGCACAACAAUAAAAAGGGUCAGAACGAUCAUAUCUUUUCUUUUUAUAUUUCGUUAUCUUAUGUAAAGGGAAGAAAACAAUCAUAAGUCAUGUUUUAGCCAAGCAGACACAGCAGCCAAAAACCGUAAAAACAGUACAUUUGCAUUUGCAUACUAGUCAAUACAGCAAUUUCUGUUUUAUACGAAAAUAAAUUACUCCGCGUCGCCAGCCGCGCUUUACGUCUGUCAGAAAAGUAUUGACAGUUUCUCCUAAUAACUGUACCUAAUGAACCAUUCUAUCUGAAAGAAAAAAUUUUAAAACUAUUUUAAGAAGCGAUACAAAUCGAAAUCCGUGCCGCUUGUCACGUUCAAAGUGAUGGAUUAUGUUACAUGUGAAAUCAUGUAGAACGACCUUUGAACAUCAACGCGCGCCCGUUUAUUUCGUACAACAUUCGUAAAAACAUUUUCUGUAGGGAUUAGCUAAACUCUGACUCAACAAGCCAACACUAGUAUGUUAAAUUUUUCUGCCCGCUUAACUGAACACUGGACCAGAAGCAAGAGUGCCCGGCUGGGCGACCGGGAACUUUUUUUCAGUCGCCUGAAGUUAAAUGUUAGUCGCCUCAGGCGACCGGGCGCCGUUAGAGCACAGCCUUGGACUGAUCUGGGAUGGUUGAUUUACCAACUGGAAGUUCGCAUUUGAUUCUGAUCCUAGGCUGCAUGACCUCCAACUCUCUUGUUCUUGAGCUUCUCCACUCUGUAUUCUAGUUCUUUAUGGAGAACUGAUACCAUCGUCUUUUCUAAAUAAGCCCCCCACAUCUCAAAUAAGCGCCUCAUCUCUAUUAAGCUCCCCCUCAAAUGGGCUUGAAAUAAAUAAUAGAGAAUUUACGGUAUUUUAUUCAACCCAACAGGACUUCCUGAAAGAAAGAAAGCAACUGCCCCUCUCCCCCAACUCAUGGGCUUCCCAAAAUAGCCUAACCUACACCCCACAUGCACAAUUUUUCUGAUCACUCCCCCAUGUCAUGUACAUGAAGUAACCAAAAAGUUAAAUAAUAUGCUAUUUUUAUUAGUGGUUAGGGGCUUGAGAAGAUCUAAUUUUUUUUUCAGUUUCAAAUGAAUGAGGACAAAUGAAAGUAGUUCAUGGGUGUAAAUGUAGUUGACUGUAAUAUCAAUCUUUUUUUUUUUCAGGAAGGAAAACUUACUGAAGAACAAUUUGCAACAAACCUGCAAACCACACUCAACUCACCUCCCCAACCAAAUCUUGUUGGUUUUCUAAAGGUAGGUGUUAAGAUCUGCUACAUGGCAAAAAAGGUGAGCAUGGCACAAAACAGUAGGGUCAUUGUCCAAAACCAACAUGCUUUUAGUUAAGGUUUUUUGGAGACUGAGAACAUGCAAUAUUAUGUACCCUUCCUUGAUUUUCCUACAAAUUUUACUCCUUGAAGACUCUAUUAUUCUGAAAUGAAUUUUAACUCUUUGACUUCCAGAAUUUUUCACCAACCUUUUGAGUCUGGACAGGAAUACAUGACACUGUAUGACUAUUCAAAUAAAACCUCUUAGGGAGCACGCUAAUGGUGCUAUUUUGUCCUUAAUAUUUCAGAAAAUUGAUUUGAGGUUUUUUCUGGAAGUUAUUAUCAUUAAGCUUUCUUUGGAUUAAAAGGGUCAGAUUCCUUUUUUUUCCCUAUGAAGUUUUCUUUAGCUAUAAAAAAUUGUGAAAAGCUUUUCUUAAAAACAUUAAAGAAAUUUUUAGAAAAGUUAAAAAAAUAUAUGACGUUUUGUGUUCUUGGACGUCAUUAUCAAGUAAAAAAAUACAGUAUGAAUGUUCUAUACGGGGCUGUCAAUAAGGGGCGGUAGCCGGCCAAAACCGCCGGCUAGUUAGCGAUACUUAACUGGCUACUUUCAUCUCCUUCUACCAUAACUGUCUGCUAACAAAAAAUAAGCACCAUCGAAUAAAAUUUGUAAAGC